CAGUUACUUAUAUAAAGACGCCGAACCUGUGUAUGGGCCAGAAACCCUUGGGACACCUCCAGGACUAGACAGAAGGAAGAGAACGGCGUACUUCAAGGAGAAUAUUUAGCACCUCGUUUGUUUGAGUUCCUUUCCCGCCACCAUGCAGAGGACUCUGAUCGUGGGACUGUGCCUGGUAGUCACUCUCGCCGCGGCCCUUCCAUACCCCGACCCCGCCGCGUUUCCCGUCCCUGUGGCUGUCGCAAUCCCUGACCCCGUGGCUGACCCUCUUGCUGACCCUAGGCCCAGAGGGUUCUUUGGUCAUGGGUUUGGAGGACACGGGUUUGGAGGACAUGGGUUUGGUGGACAUGGGUUUGGUGACGGCGGUUUCGGACAUGGGUUUGGUCACGGUGGCUUCGGGCAUGGGUUUGGAGGACACGGAUUCGGACAUGGCGGCUACGGACACCACCAUCACCACCACUAGGAUACAUGAAGAUACAUAAAGAGACUGCAAAAAGACACUGAAGGUUUGGUGUUGAGCGUUCUGAAGACGGCGAUAGAUUAGUGUUAUUUAUUACAGUCUGACGCUAUACGUGUGAAAUGUUUUUUUUUUAUAUACAUUUUUUAUAUUCAGAAAGUUUUAAUAAAGAAAUGAAAAGU